AUGGCCGGGAAACUCUUCAAGCUUACUUUCCCCGGCGUGUCCGUCGAGGCUUCGGGCGUGAUGCUGCGCCGCUCCUCCGGGCAACUCUUCCAGGUCCAGGGUCAGGCACAGGUCAGCGUUCGUUUUGGCGACAGGGAGGCAACCCUUCCCCUUUACUUAACGAAGGGGUUGUCGCUGACGCUGCUGGGCCGAAACUGGAUUCAUGCACUGGGCAUUCGUCUGCCAGAGUACCCGGAAGCCAGCCUGCAUGUGGUGCAGAUCUGCCAAAUCUGCCAGGAGCAUGAGCGAACCUCGCGUCAUGUGGAAACCACCCCUUGGCCGUUCCCACAGAGACCGUCGUCCCGCCUACAUGUGGAUUUUUGGGGACCCUACAAGGGUCAUUACUUCCUGGUGGUUGUGGACGCCAUUUCAAAGUGGGUGGAGGCUCUACCUGUCGCCACUCUAUCAGCAGGCGCGACCAUUUCAGCGCUACGACAGCUCUUCGCCACCCAGGGGUUGCCGGAUGUCAUCGUGUCCGACAAUGGUCCCGCUUUCGCGAGCACAAAGUACCUGGCCUGGCUGACGAAAAACGGAAUCCGCCGGAUGAUGGUUCCGCCGUACCACCCUGCUUCAAAUGGUACAGCCGAGCGGGUGGUGUAA